GUCAGAUUGAGUCCUGAUGAAAUUUCACAGUAACUUUUGAGACAAUAUGAGCUUCAAUUGAGCGUGUGCUGAACUGCGGGAAUAAAAAUCCCAUUUGGAUCGCCAGCCUGGUAUCACUUCUCGGUAGCCAGCGAGCUUAACGACCAACAGUUUUCAAGUGUAGCCCAGUGCAACUGAUCAUCAUCGGUCGUGCGGAAGAAUCCGAAAACCAAGAUAAUGAGACGCAUUUGAAUGCCGACUUGUCGUCCGACUGACGGUGUUGGCAAUAACUGCACCUGAGACCAACCAACAACGCGAGAUGGAUGGAAAUUGCAAUUGUCACCCUUGACGGUGCGCGAUCUAUCGACAUCAGGAGAGGAAAAUGUGCGAGUGUUGAAUUUUAAGUGCUAUCGAGACCUGUGCUGUGGGCUUAACCGAUAACUCAUUAUGUGAGCCGUGCUGUGUUUACGUGUUGUGUAUGUGUAUGUGAGUGUGUUGCUGGUACGACUGGUUCUGAUUGUUCGGGCAAGUCCCCGACUUCUAACGUGAGGUAAUUCCACCAGCUAAUAGUAAGCUUUGAUUUGCUUCAUUAACUAUGCAGAAAAUUAUGAUCAGCAUGUAAUACACAAAAAGUUAAGCAGAAUUUUGCCAUACGGCGCGCGAUCAACGACAUUCGUGCCGUUCGUUGAAUGAAUAAUUAUUGUCUUAAUAGACUACGAACAGCCCUGUUUGAUCGGCGGUGCAACGGUGCGUAUUUCCAAGCCACAGUCGCUUUGGUUCGACUUAUGCGCCCAUGGGAGGAAAACCGUAAUUAAGACCUCUCCGCCCGCUCGACCGUCGUCAUCCGGAGACAUUCUUGCUGGCCAUAUUGCUGAAUAAAAGAUUUGACAUCGUUUGAUUGAUUCAAUUUGGUUCGAUUUGUUCGAAUCGCAUGACCUGUCUCUGUUCGGGCGAAUGGAUGAUGGUAAUGGCGAACAACGCUGCUGCAGUGCCGAUUUCACCGGAAACCCAGUUCGAGAUUUGCAAUUAAAAAUAACCCAACGCCGUCCGCCGAUGAACCGUUUCCCGCGAUUGUUACGAAACUCCCCCAUCCCGGACGGUUGAACGGUUGUUGUGAAAGUUAUAAAUGUGACACGAUCGAGAAUUAAUGGAACGCUUCUCAACGAUGCAUGCUCGGCUAACUGGCGUGUGUGUGUGAGUGUACUUGUGCUGAAGAAAGUAAUGAAAAAUAAUUGAAAUGUUCAAACAAUAUCAACGACACAAGUGAAAGAGACAACAAUUUUGGUUAAAAAUUCAUUAACUCAAGUCACCGGUGGGUGGUGUCAUGGCGACGCAAUGAUGAUGAAGAAGAAGUGAAGUGAACGAAUAGAUCUAGCUCAGUGUAUUGCACAUUAAGUAUAGAAAUUAUGACACCUCCAAACGGCGUUACAGCUACUAUAAUAGUGAUUAGUGAGCACCCACGUGACGUGAAUAGUAAAAUUAUAACGACCGUAAAAUGCGUCGAUGCAUUCGACGGUAGCCGCGUACUGAAUCGCUAAUCUUUACCACCUGCUGACAGGAUUCCGAGGGGGAAGAAAACGUUUUACGCGUUUAGUUGCGGUUAUUUGUGCUGGAAAACAGAUGCAUCAGAUCGUAAACAACCACCGACGAAAAAUUACAGAGCCAUCAUCACAAAGCUCGCCCGCACCCACGGCGAAACAGGACAAGCAAAACGAAUAAAAACCAACACAAUUAACCCGUACUACAAAUAGCACCGGGAAUUCGCAGAACACGCUCCUGCACGGAAGACCGGGCAGAUCGUUACCCAGUGAAACGCAACAACGCUCGGCACUGGCACUUGUCGCACAAAUGAAAAUAAGGCAUACAAAUAGACAAGGAAAAUAAACCCCCUGCAAACACGCCAAUAGCGAGUACUAAUCACAUAAAAGGUAGAUUAAAUAGGUCCCUGCUUUGUCAAACCAACCGAGCACCCUCAGAGGAGAGAUAGAUAGCUAGAUAGAUAGAGAGAGCGAGAUGAGUUCAUCCACAACGACGGAUGCGACGGUCAGUUUGCUUGUUCAAAAACGACUCGAAUGUUUAGACACACUCAACGAAACAGUCGAUUCCUCGACACGAGCUGGACUCUUCUGUCGGGGGACCUGGGAUGGAUGGCUUUGCUGGCCGGAUACCGCAGCCGGAACGUCUGCCUAUGCGCUGUGUCCGGCGUUCGUCACCGGUUUUGAUCCCAACAGAUUUGCGCACAAGGUCUGUGAGGAGCAUGGCGACUGGUUCCGGCACCCGUUGACGAACAAAACCUGGUCCAACUAUACAACCUGUAUAAAUUUUGACGAUUUCGAGUGGCGACAACAAGUGAGGACGAUAUACGAAACGGGAUAUUCGAUAUCGUUGAUUGCCCUCGUCCUAUCGCUUGGCAUUCUGAGCUAUUUCAGGUCACUGAAAUGUGCUCGGAUAACGCUACACAUGAACCUGUUCGCGUCGUUCGCCACAAAUAACACACUGUGGCUCCUGUGGUAUCGGAUGGUGCUAGCAGACCCGGAGGUGCUGAGUGAAAACGGGGCACCCUGCAUCGCACUGCAUCUGGUGUUGCACUAUUUUCUGCUGACCAACUACGCCUGGAUGCUGUGCGAGGGUUUUUAUCUGCACACGGUGCUGGUAUCGGCCUUCGUGUCGGAGAAAAAGCUGGUCCAGUGGCUCGUUCUGCUCGGGUGGACCGCACCCGCCAUCGUGCUGACAGUGUACGGCAUCCUGCGGGGUCGCGCCGAUCCGGAUGAUAGGAUACAAUGCUGGAUGAACGAAAGCUCCUACGCAAACGUCCUGGUUGCCCCAGUUUGCAUAUCGAUGCUGCUGAAUCUGCUCUUCCUGUGCAACAUUGUGCGGGUGGUGCUUCUCAAACUAAAAGCCCCGGCGGGACCUCAGGGAACAGGUCCAUCCCGAACGAUACUGCAGGCGUUCCGGGCGACCCUGCUACUCGUUCCGCUGCUUGGGCUCCAGUACAUGUUGACCCCCUUCCGGCCGGGACCGGGUCAUCCCUACGAGCGGGCGUACGAAACGAUAUCCGCAUUCACGGCUUCAUUCCAGGGUCUAUUCGUAGCCGUCCUGUUUUGCUUCUUCAACGGAGAGGUGAUCGCACAAGUGAAGCGGAAGUGGCGAACCGUGUUCCUGCGGACGCGAACCAAUUCCUACACGGCGACGCAAGUGUCCUUCGUGCGCUGCGGUCCUCACGUUCCCGGCGAGGAAAAGGUCUGACUAAAGGAGUACGGCAGUGGCAGAAACAACGACAACGGCAACCGAAAGCGACAAACCACCGACGAACCGAACUACUGCCCCCGCAAUGGGCACAGCCCUACCAACAACGCAACGAUGACAACGACUAUGUGCACGGCGAACACCACCGAAUCCAGGAUCAAUGGGUCUCCCAGUCUGGACGCGGCUGGUGGGCACGGUGCCUGGCGGAGAAGAACUUCGAUCGACUGUAGACACGUGAAACUGCCAUUGCUGGAUGCUGCACAACACGACGAAAGGAUGAUCCACGAAGAAGAUAACAUCCCAGCGAAACUUCUGAACGAACCGGCGCCGGCCGAUGAAGUGUUGUAAUAGCUGUUACGAUAACCACAUGCCGAUAUUUAGCCAAAUGUAUUUUCUAAAGUGAUAAUCUAGCGUACGUAGUCUUCUGAUGGUAGCUGAAUUUUUUGUACUCAAAUACAAUAAACUUAUGUAAUGUGGAUGGCAACAUUGCUUAACUUAGCGGUACAAUAUGUCGAAAGCGCUUCAAUUUUAGUAGUUGACUCUACCUGUGUUUGCAGGUCUAUGUGAUCACGUUCCUAAAUAAACGAAACGAACCGUUCAA